AGAUGAUAACAGAGUAGCAGCGGCGUAAAAAGAGGAGGGGGGCAAUGCAAAUCGUCUGGGCAGUUGUUUUGGACGCCCCAGCUAGCACAGUGGAUCUGUGCCGAUUCUGGCUGAGAGUCAGACUCGGCUGAUGUCAUAUGGCCCGAGUCUGGGCCGCCUUUGGCAGUAUUACUUAUGGAAAGGAUGCGGGGUUAUCUGGCUCAAAUGUAUAUAUUACUUGGUACUCGGACCGAUUGGGGCUAUUCUCUGGUAGAUGAUUACACGGGCUGCUUUAUAUAAUUAACAUUUCAUUUAUUUUUCCAUAUUUUAUAAUUGUUUCUGUGAAAAAAAAUACAAUUAACAUUUAAAUGAAAUUCUUUAAGAGUCCUGUGUAAUAUUUGGAUACUUUGCAAGGCAAAAAGUGUGGAUGGAGCCUCCCGAGUGGCGCAGCGGUCUAAGACACUGCAUCGCAGUGCAAACUGCUUGCUACAGAUGCUGAUUCGGGACCCGUGCCGGCUGCGACCAGGAGACUCAUAAGGCGACGCACAAUUAGCCCAGUGUCGUUCGAGUUAGGGGAGGGUUCUGGUGUUUCAUGUGAGCCUGGUAUGAUCUGUCCUCAGUACUAUUUACACUGGAAGAAAAAAGGCCUGCCCAUUGGCAGAUGGUAUCCUUAUUCAACUUGGCUUCCUUUGGGAGAGGCUAACUGUGUGGCAGUAUGUCAGAUGGGAACGAGUCCUGCAUGUUUAGAGAUGGAGCCGAGUUUGUGGCCUGCAUCUUUCACACAUUCGAGGAAUGGUCAGGACUAGGACCCUUGGAAGACUAUCUGAGCUAUCUGGAGUACCUGGCCUGGGUUUUCACCCCUCUGGUUGUUGUUUUCAUCCUGCCCUUCCUCAUUGUGAUCCUCCUCUACCUCUCCAUACUCUUCCUCCAUGUGUACAAACACAAGAACCAGCUCAGGGAGGCCUACUCCAACAACCUGUGGGAUGGUGCUAGGAAAACUCUGGCAACGUUGUGGGAUGGCCACGGGUUCAUAUGGCACGGAUAUGAAAUCCAUGGUAUGGAGAAGAUUCCAGAUGAAGGAGCAGCUCUUAUAGUCUAUUAUCAUGGGGCUAUUCCCAUCGACUAUUAUUACUUUCUGGCAAAUGUCAUCAUUCAGAAGGGACGGAUAGUUCACUCAGUCGCUGAUCACUUUCUGUUCAAAGUUCCAGGGUUCAAGCUGCUGUUGGAGGUGUUUAGUGUGAUCCAUGGGCCCCAGCAAGAGUGUGUGAAGGCACUGAAAAGUGGCCACCUCCUGGGCAUCUCACCUGGAGGCGUGAGGGAGGCGCUCCUCAGUGACGAGACCUAUCCACUGCUCUGGGGGAAGAGAAAGGGCUUUGCACAAGUGGCUAUCGAUUCCAAAGUGCCAAUAAUUCCCAUGUUUACUCAAAACGUCAGGGAAGGAUUCCGAUCUCUCGGCGGGUUAAGCUUUUUCAGAUGGUCGUAUGAAAAAUUCCGCGUGCCGAUGGCCCCCGUCUAUGGGGGUUUUCCUGUGAAGUUUCGUACAUACUUAGGUGACCCCAUCCCAUAUGACCCUAACAUUAGUGCAGCAGAGUUAGCUGAAAAGACCAAUCAAGCAGUUCAAGCACUCAUUGACAGACACCAAAUUAUUCCUGGGAAUGUCCUUCGAGCACUACUAGAGCGAUUCCACAGCAGGCAUAAAGAAAAAUAGCCAUAAGGAAUAUCAUUUUUUUUGUUGUUGUAUGAAGCAGUUACAUAUUUUUAAGACACUGUUACAUAUUGAAAGUAUUAUCAUGUGAUCAGUUGAAUGGUUAACUACAGAUUUGGAUCUUAAUUUGAGCCAGUCUCCUAUAGCAGGAAAAUAAUCCUGUAGAUUUAUAAUUAAUGGACAUUUUUGUAGCAGUUGAUACAUUUUUCAUAAGGAAAAUCAAGUUUGAAAUUUCAAAGUGGAAAUUAGAAGCCUUUUUAACCUCAAAUACACUACAAACUUCUACAAUAGGCUGAUCAAAUUAAGGUCCUGCACCUAUACAUUAUUAUUGUAGGUGUACCUUCAGGAGCUUUUUGCACUCAGAUUUUGUCACAAAACAAUAUGUACCGAAGGUUAAUUGGUUAAUGUCAAAUGUGCAUAUUGAAAUUGUAUAGUGUUUUUUUGUGCAAGUAUGUAGAUACUUUGAUUCCACAAUUGAUUUGCACACAUUGUUCUAAGUUCCACCACUGCCAACAAUUUCUAUUUAAGAGGCCUUUAUUUUGAUUAAUAACUGCAAAUAUUGAAACGAUAUAGCAAUUGCUAUAUAAGAAGCAAUAUAGGUAUGAAGACCGGGCAGCUUUAUUUCUUUUCACCUGGGUAAAAUGUUUGAAAUUUUAUUUAAAUAAUUUUGUCAUUUCCCCCAAAAAAUGUAUUGUGGAAUUAUGUAAGUAUGUACUGUAGUUGUAGCCUAUGCACCUUUUUAAAAUCUAUUGAGGUCCAUUAUGAAACAGGACAGAAAUGAUUUGUAAUGUUAAAAUAAAUAUAUUUUAUUAUGA